UCGCAUUCUUACUCGACAUAGUAUCAUUGAAGUUUACACAAACAAUACUAGAGGCGUGUUUAAAGGUUCCAAAGUGAUGAAGGCACAAUGGCGGUUGGAUAUUUUCUCGGAAAGAGGACUUUAGUGUUUGUAUUACUGUCGAUGUAUCUUCUGACACUUUACUUCAUUCAUGGAUACUACAGCAUGUUAACUUACAACAGGCAUCGGCGGGAACCGUUUGAGCGUGUCCUACAAGACAAGGAAGACAUGACAUCAUUCAGUUGUUCGAAGCUUGUUGCACACCUAAAGAAGCAAAGUCUAAUGCACACUGAUGCCGUCUUACUGCACAGGCUCGCGAAAUGCAAAAUCAACAUUAGGAAUGUUAACCCCACUGACGGCAUUCACAGGACUCACUUGGACAAGAACAGGAAACGCAACAUCGAUAACAUUAGAGACAGCUUUUCAAGAAAACACUUACAUAGGGAAAGUAAAACUGACAAUGAGAAGAACAUGGUUAACAAUAGAAACAAGUUCACAAGAAAGCAACUACAGCACACGAACUGUAUAUGCAAUAAGAAAACGGAUAAAGCGCCUUUGCUGGUUCUGUUCUCAACAUGGUCUGACAAUAUGAGUGGACGCAUCAGAGACAACACCUGCUACAACUGGAGAUCCUUGAGACCUCUGGUCCAGCCUGUCCUCUUCACGAACAGUUCCUCGGCUAGAAGAGAGUGUGAGAAAAACGGCUGGUCCGUGCUUCCUUUGAGACAGACAGCCGCUGGAGGUGCCCCUGUCCUCAAGGUUAUGUUCGCUGAAGUCUUGAGAAGGUUUAAUUCGACAAUAUACGGCUUUUCCAACGGAGACAUUCUGUUUGGAGAGAACCUUCUGAAAACACUGGUGGCCGUCGAAGAGACAUUUGGCGCUGAAAAACGUCCCCUUCUUCUUAUAGGCACCAGAACCAACGUGGUAAAUGUCACUUCACCAGAAGCCUCUUCGUUUAGCAAUCUUCAGGUUGCGUCCAAGAAGAGGGGGAAGUUGUUCAUACAUCAGUCGCAGGAUUAUUUCAUCACCAACAAGGCCUUUCCGUGGUCUGACAUCCCCGGAGUAGUGGUAGGGAGAAGAGGCUAUGAUAACUGGAUAGUAAUAAAUUCCAUCCUAAAACAACAUACAGUUAUAGACGCAACAGAAACCAUUCUUGCAGUUCAUCAGACGACACGCAAGGGCAUUUACGAAGGACAUUCACGACCUUAUCCAGAUUACAAUACAAAACUCCUUGCUCGAUAUCACAAGACCAUUCGUUAUGUAGCGGGGUCUACGCGCUGUGCUGGGAUAAUAACGAAAUACUCGGUGAAGGGUAACAUUUUUGCUUUGAAAAGAAAUAGUGUGCCAAAGUUUUGUAAAAAUCCUUAUCCUUAA